AUGGAAGCAGUCAAACAUACGCUCAUAACCUUUCGAGGUCGUCUCAGUGGUUGGCCAGUUGGCAGAGUUCUCGCUGGCGUCACAGCUGCUGGUUUCACCACCUUCAUCAUCACCCGGAAUUUCCAGACCUCAUCCCGCAUGUCCCAACCAGCAACCAAGGCAGCAUUCUGGAAGGCCGGCCCUAGCUUUCUCCGUCUACGACUGCACAGUUCUGAGCAGGUUUCGCCGACCUCCAAGCGUCUGAGGUUCGAGCUUCCCACGCCAGACACCAUCAGCGGCCUGGGCCUUUGCUGUGAGUCCACGUAUUUCCAUUCUCCGCUGUUUUCUUAA